AUGACUGGCCACACAGUGAAAAGGUGUUACAAGAAACACGGUUUUCCUCCUGGCUGGAUCCAAGGUUAUAAGUCGAAAAAUAAGCAACAAACUGCAGCAGCUAUCAUGAACAAUACAGACCUGGGAAUCACUCAUGAACAACUGCAUAAGCUCAUUUCUGUUUUGCAGAACAGUUCAGCUCAAUCAUCCGGAUCCAGUCCUCAACCAUCCGGAUCUAGUCCCAACCUUACUGCUGCAACAACCUUGACUCCCAACUUUAGAGAGCUACAUACAAAUGUGAACCUUCCCACUGGUCAGUGCAUAGCAGUUCAACAUAUAGGAGAGGCAAGUGUGUGAUUCAGGGGACUCUUGGGUAGACAAUUGGUAUAGCUAAAGAAAGGGGAGAUCUCUACAUAAUGGAGGAACCAAAUGUGCAGAAUAGGCACCUUGUUGCACAUUGUAGUAGCCUGGAAAUCUGGCAUCAAAGGUUAAGCCACUUCCCAGCCAACAAGAUCCAUUUUCUAUGUGAUAUAGAUACUUCUAAAGGAAACAUCUUAGCUUGUGAUGUCUGUAACUGAGCUAAACAUAAACGCUCUCCCUUUCCUUUAAGCACUACUAGCUCAACUUCUUUCUUUGAUUUGAUACAUGUUGACAUUUCGGGGCCUUU